GCCGUCGUCGAGAAGAGACGUUACGCUCUGGUUUCUCGUUCACGCUACCAUGUGGUGCUUUGUGUGAUCCGCUGUUCAUUACUUCUUUUCUUGUGGUUCGUUUUAACAUCGGAGGGCAGUGCGAGAGGAGUGAUCGGUGUGUCGUGCCGAUGAUUUUGUACAGCUGGCGAAGGUAUUAAGAAAGGCCUGAGUUUUGGGUAGAGCUGCAAAGGGCUCUUGUGGGUGGGCACAGCUUGAUCGGGCGCCGCGCAAUUAAGUUCUACUCGCGCUUUUUGUCCCUUCGCCCAAAUCGAAGCUCUCCCAAGAUAAUGCGAGGUGAACGAGUGUUAAAAACCGAAUAGAGGAAGUUUCGAGGCCCAUCGCAGGUGAUCAGUCUUGGAAAAAAGGAAAGUCUUUGAUAAUUCAGCCAUUCUCAAUCGGGAAGGCCACUAUCAGUAGCGUUAUCUCUCGACGAUGGCCAGUGCAGUGAUGGGCGGCGGUGGAGGCGGCGUGGGCGGCGGCGGCGGAGGGGCGGCCAACGUGGAGGCCCAGCUGGUGGCCCUCCUCGACAAGCUGGAGGGCCUCCGGCAGGACUCCUCGCCCCCCUCGCGCCCCCCGAUGAUCGCCGAGGUGCGGACCCUGGAGCUGUGGCGGGCCGUGAUCGCCGAGUGCCUGGCCACCGUGUUCUACGUGUUCCUGGUGUGCGGCGCCUACAGCCCCUGGACAGGCAAGACGCUCACGCCGGAGGGCCAGCUCACCAUCUCGCUGGUGGCUGGCAUGGCCAUGGCCGUCCUCGUGCACAGCUUCGGACAGGUCUCCGGAGGUCACGUGAACCCAGCCGUGACCGUGGCUCUGGCAGUGACCCGCCGCGUGUCCCCCCUGCGCGCUGCCAUGUUCGUUUUGGCACAGUUGGGAGGUGGCAUUGCCGGUGCUGCGCUUCUGUUCGGGUGA